CAGAAUUGGAAAACGGCGCAUCAAAAUACUAGCGCCCACUAUCACGAAACUUGACCGCAACGACCACUGCGCUCGACGUCGGGCAUGGUCUCCACCGCUGCGCAGUCUGCUGACCAGCGUAGGGGAGUCUGGGAGCCUUUGCCGAGGUUCGUAUAUGGAUAUGCUGUACACUCGUUAUCACCAUCUGGCCGACGAGAUACCCGCCUUUCGAGCCGGACGCGCACCUCGACCUUCACGGACGCCUCCGGCGACGAAAAUCUCGUUCAUCGCGACGUAGUGUCACUCGAAGUAGGAGAUGAGGUGUACGCUUUUGAGAGAUACAUUCCGAAGGACAAGGAGGUCGAGGGUAUUUGGUAUCGAGGAUACGUCGUGUGUACGUCUCGCCGGCCACCAGUAAUAUGGACAUCUCCUGCCGACCCGUCCGGGUCUAUUGGUCAAGCGCAAGUCAAAGUAGACGAGGCCCAGCAGGUCUUCCUUGGCAUCUUCCCUGCUUCCCAUAUCUUUGUCCGUGAUGAGCUUAGCGACGCGGAAGGGCGCCUGGCGGACAUUGCGACCAUGUUCCACAACGUUGCGAACGGGAAGUCCACUGUCAAGGACCUGUACGCGCAAUGGAACCGGGAUAAAGCCAGCAGCGACGCGCCUUCUCACGACGACGAUGACGCGGAUACCCAGAGCGUCGCGCCUGGUCGGAAGUCGUUCAAGCUCAAUCCGCCUGCGGACCGGGCCAAUUCCACUCGUGCGCGUUUGCCAGUGUAUCCUGCAAGUAUUCGUUCUGCCUCACCGACUCCCACGGAAGUCCAAGUACAGAAGCCGUUGCCCCCACGUCCGUCCCUUCCCCCCGGCGGCGAGACUGCAUCCGGGGUCGAACAACCCAUUGUCGACGAGAUAGCGUCUGCACUACGAGAGUGGCAUCUACUCAUGUUUCAAUAUCUCGCGCGACGCGAUUACAAGCUUUUCCAGGUUAUUCGCGAACAGAUCGAGGCGCUUCAUCUCGGACGGCGGCAGCUGCUUUCCAAGACGCUCAGUUCAGAGGAGACGGCCAAUCUACGGAGACAGUGCGUUGCAAGGCUGGUCCGUGGGAACAUCAUACAAGGCCUCGAUCUCAUCGUUCGCCAUCCGACAUGGGGUGGUCUAGUUACGGUAGAUGUCGAGGGCGAGCUGGACGCGCGAAGCUGGAUUAGUGCGGUCAGGAUGUACGCGAUGCAGGUAUCUCUGGCCUACAUGGAUGUAUCCCCAUCUAAUGCAUCUGAAAUACCCCGUCUCGGUGCCUCCAUUGAUUACGUGCCUACGUCAGGCCCGCACCCUAGCCCUGCGCCGUCCGCCUUCCCAGAUGUCUCUCGAAGUCGCAGUACGAGGUCCCUCGGGUCGCUUGGCAAUACCAAACUUCACCAGCCUUCACGAGCCAAGUUCUAUCACGUCUUGCUUGACGUUCGGGCCUUUGUUGCGACACCUUGCGCACCGGGGGAGACCGCUGAGCUCUUCUUCUCUCUAUACAACCAGGCUCAGUCUAGCUUUGUCUCGGAGGAGUUCUGCGUUGUGCUAAACCACAAUGGAGUCCUUGCACGAGACCCCACACGACGUAUACGGACGUUGUUCACGGACAUUGUGGCCUCCGACGCGAACGACCCGAUCUUUCUCGUCUGCUCCAUUGUGCGGAAUGGUGCGAUGAAGAUGGGUAGCACCAUGGGAAGCAUCACGGAGGGCAAGAGGAGCUCCGAGUUGUCGAGCCACCGUGAAUCUGGGUCGACCGUCGCGCAUAGCUGGGUCGAUGUUGGAGAGACGAACAGCAGGGCAGACGCGCCUUCCCAGUUUCGAAGACCAUUCGGAUGCGCGGUAUUAGAGCUGAGGCAGCUGAAGCAGAUGGCCACCGAGGGCGUCGAGAUCUCUUCGACUAGAGAACACACCAUGCCAAUAUUUGUUGCCACGAAUGAAGCCACGUUUUCGAUGCUCCAUCAAGAUAUCCUCAACGGUAAUAACAGAGAGUUUGAGAAGUCGUCCAGAGCGGAAUGUCUUGCCGUCUCUAUCAAGGUUUUCUAUGGCGACACCGAUACCAUUGUUAGAGAGAAUUCCUCUCUCCUUUACGAUACCCCACUAACCCUGCGCCUCGGAUUUCCCGAUGUUGUCUUCCCCGGCGACGUACGGAACGAGUUAUACAUCAAACUUUGGAGCGCCGACUUCUCGUCGACACAGACGAGCACCGCUCGGCGAAGCUUCACUACUUUCACGCGUGGACACGUAGCCGCGGUGACGGGCAACGUGCAGGUGAGCCUCGAGGUCCGCGGCCGUGACGGGAGCAGGAUCGACAACGUUAUCACACGCUGCAGCGGCGAGACCGAACUCUCGCACUGGAACUCGAUGGUCUUCCAACGCACGAGCCAGCCGACGUUUGGCGAACUCAUCAAAGUGAAGCUUCCCGCGUCGGGCGCGCAGCAGUGGCAUCUCUUCUUCACAUUCAAAAAACGAGACACGAAAGAACGAUCCUCCAGCCGGAGCGUAAGCGACGGUGUCGAGCGCCCCUUCGCAUUUGCGUUCCUCCCUUUGUUCCCCGACGGCCGCGCGUUCCUGGAAGACGGCGAACAUAUGCUCGCGCUUUAUCAAGCAGACCGCUUGAGUCAGCUUACUCCCAGUCUGUACCUCGACGCUGCGCCGUGGCUUAUCGCAAACCAGAGACCUGAUCAAGUCUUCGUUCCUGUGGAAAUGCAGCGCCUUGCGCCGCUGCUGCGCGACAGCCUCAUCAUUCGCUCGUCGCUCUGCUCAACGAGGUUCACGCAGAACUCCGUCCUGCUUAGCCUACUGAACUGGCAAGGUAUUCCCGACAAGGAGUUGUUGUCCACGAUUCUGACCAAGUUCACCUUCGUCGGUGAGGUCGAGAUCGUCAAAUUCUUGCGCGAUAUCUUCGAUGCUCUAUUCGCUAUCCUCGUAUCGCCUAUCAACCAAGACAGCGAGAUGGACCAUCUUGUGUUUACCGCGAUCGUGACCGUUUUGGGCAUUGUCCAAGACAGGCGGUUCAGCAACUUCCAGCCUGUCCUUGACGUGUAUAUCGAACGCCACUUCAAUUGCGCGUCAGCGUCUUCGCACAUGAUUCACUCCAUGAACCGCCUUCUGCAAAACCCAACAUCAAAUGAAACUGGUUCCUGCCUUCGUGCCGCUCUCAAGGUCUGGCAUUAUAUCUUCAAAUUCAUCGCACGCUCGAGAGAACUGCAAAAACAAGAAGAGAUAGGCAUGGGCGGAGACGCACCUGCCGAGCCCCUUGAAGCUGGCUUCAAAAAGGACCUCCGCGCGCAUCUCGCAGAGGUCACCAGCAUGAUGUCCACAAGUACGCCGGCUUCGAUUAUCGGGACGCAGACGAUCGCCCUCCAGAAUUUUACCUCUAUCCUGCCUGAGCUUCACAAGGUGUUCUCCGUCGUCGAACUCGUGCAAAUUGUCACGACUUUCGCGAAUGCGAUCGUUGCGACGAAGGGGAGGAUCGUCAUCUGGAAACUGAUCAUGUACCUCCAGAUUGUGCGCGGUUUCCUCUUUGAUGUGCCCCAGUCCCGUGCCUUGCUGGUUGAUGCGGUCGUCAUGUGGAUCAAGCCUCAUUUUGGGCGAUUCGAUGAGUACCUGUGGACGCAGUCUGAUGGCUCUGAGAGUGCGAAGGAUGCAGUGCGCAUUGCUUGGCUCGAGAGCAUACGCCUGUCGGUCACCGUGGUAGCGGUGAUGCUUGAUAAGCUCCAGCAGAGCUUAGUCAGUCCGACAAUCUUGGCGGAUCGCAACCUCUUGCGACAGGAGCAAUACAACGUCGAGUUUCUGUUGACUCUCUUCCCGAGACUACUCGAGUCGUACUUGGAGUUCCAGCAUCCGGCCAAUGAGCAAGCUAUCGAGCGUAUGCCUUCACCUUCGACGACGCCCUCUAGUGCGCCCAUCACGUUCCCGGAGUCGUACCCAUUUGCGCUGUUGUCACAACCGCCAAAGAGUUUGCCUACCUCACCUACGAGUGCUAAGAUGUACAACGCGGGCUUGGGCGAGUCCGCUGUUGUGCUUCUCGCGCUUGUCCUGUCGUCUCCAAAGAAGGUUCUCCUCAAUUUUCUCGAGGGUAUCGUGGAGAUCGAGGGCAGAGACAAGCUCUCCGCUCUGCUCACGAAACUGUUCAAGGUUGCCGCCUCCAUAAUGAACAACGAUGCUUUCCCUAGCAACUGGUUGAAUAUCAACAUCCUCGCGCAUAAGGUGCUGAUCAAGGUUUUCGACCCAGUUGGCACCCUCCUCGAGCGCGAAUACAUCUCGAACGAGUCCAAGGACGCAGCCUUCGACCCUGCUAUGUGGAAGGAAUCGUUCUACGUGCUGCUGCGGCUUCUCUCCUCGGAGCAGCUGGUGAUUGAAGAUUUCAGUCCACAGAAACGACGAGCCGUGUGGAGGCUCGCCGGAGAUAUUCGGGGAGAAGGUGCGGCGAUUCUACUGCGGCUCUGGUCGGCGUUGGGGUGGAUCGACGAGACCAGCGGUAGUUCAUCAUUGCAAGCUGGGAGCUAUCAAGUCGCGCUCCAUUCGCUCGUCGGACAAGUCGUCAACUUGUGCUUGAGCAAUCAUGAUCAGCUACGAACCAACGCCGUGCACAUGCUGUACUGCAUGAUAAUAACCGAGUACCAUGUCUCCGGGCACUUCGACGAGAUCGAAAAUGAGCUCGUCUGCAAGCUGGACACGCUUUUCAUGUCCGACAGCAAGCGCGAUGAUAUCUCCAGAGCGUUCUUCGUCGGUCACCUCCGGCACCUGUUCGAUGCGUCUGAGAUUGAUAGCGAACUUCGCACCCGUGUCACCAGCUUCUUAGACUCUGUUGAUCUCUUCCUGGAGCUGCUUCUCAGUGUCCGCGCCCUUCCCGAAGGCGAGGAGUUCGCAGACGAUCGUGUGAUUGCAACGCUUCGCCUGAUGAACUUCAUUCGGCGGAUUGGCAAAGAUGAGAUCUACAUCAAAUAUGUGCACCAGCUUGUCAAUAUGCACCUUCAGGCUCAGAACUAUGUCGAAGCUGCUCUCACGCUUAAGCUCCAUGCUGAUCUACACGAGUGGGAUCUCAACACCUUCGCGCCACCUAUGGAAGACCUGGGUCUUCCUCAACAAUCGCAAUUCCAUCGCAAGGAGACUCUGUGCCUUCUCAUCCUCGAUUAUCUCGGUAAGGGUAAAGCGUGGGAAAGUGCACUGGAGAUCUGCAAGGAGCUCAGCUUCCAGCAUGCCGAAGUUACCUUUAACUAUGCACGCCUAGCGGAAAUCUUGCGGCAUCAGGCCGCCCUCCUCGAGCAUAUCGUUACAGAUCAACGUUACUAUUCGGACUACUUCAGAGUCGCCUUCUACGGCAACUUCCCCGUUGGCAUACGCAACAAGCAGUUUGUGUAUCGGGGAUACGAAUGGGAGAAGUUUGGCGCAUUCUGCGAACGCAUGCUCAACAAGCAUCCCGGGGCACGACUGCUGAAGUCCAUAGGAGAUCCUCCCGUCGAUAUCCGAUUCGGCUCAGACCAAUACAUUCAGUGCACGGCUGUUGUGCCUGAACCUAACCGCGAGCUGCCGAUAUUCACAAACCCAGAUGUCCCGCCUCAAAUUCGCACCUAUUACGAGCAUAGUGCCAUCAACCUGUUUAGUUAUACGCGCCAGAUCACGAAGCAUGGGCCAGAUGGCUCCGAGGAAGUCUGGUUGGAGAAAACGUAUCUGACGACUGAAGAAGCGUUCCCCACGGUGCUGCGCCGCUCCGAAGUGGUAGAUUCCGCCUCGGACGAGAUAUCCCCCGUUGAGAUGGCUCUGCAAGAGGUCCAGCAAAGGACUCGCGAACUCGAGGCGCUGAGCAUUCGAUACGCUUCACUCGCCAAAACGGGCCAGAGUGUGACUACGAACCCGCUGGCCAUGACCCUAAACGCUGUCGUUGAUGCGCCGAUCGAUACUGGCGUGGCGUCGUUCAGGGAAUCUUUCCUCACAGGUGACUAUGCCUCGCGGUUCCCAGACAGGGUUGAACAGGUGGAUAAAUUAAGAGCCGCUAUCGACGACCAGGUUCGGAUCAUCGACAGCUGCCUGAAGCUGCAUGGACAGUUGUGCCCCCCCGAGAUGUUGGGGUUCCACGGCACGCUAGAAGCGUUCUUCCGCAAGAACUUCCAUGACGAGAUCCAGCGGCUUGCCGUCGAGGCACAUCCCCCUGACCCGUCCCUGCGGGCCGCACAUGCAAACCUCGGGACCCCGACGAGACACCUCUCCGUGAUCGAGCGGCGAUCACUCGAGCCGCCGCUCGAGCUCGGCCACGCGCUCUCGAGGGCACCAUCCGUCUCGCCUGGUCCAAUCCAAGGGAACGGGCCGUCGCCCAUAGACGGAAACCCACCGGCCAAGCAGACCCCGCUGCAGCGCGGCCUGGCGUACCUCGCGCGCCACGGCUUCAACGGCGUCGCGUCGGGCCCUGGGGACUCUGCGGGCAGCGACUUUGGCGAGGGGUCGCCGCACGACUCCUACAUGAACGGUGCAGGGGUACCGAUGGCGAGCCUUUCUGGCGCGGCAUCAAUCGCUGGAUCGACGGUCGGGAGCGCGGGCGGCUCUCUGCGCGGUCGUUUCUCCAGGUUCGGGAGUUUGAACUUCGGACGCCGGGACGGUUAAUGGGUUGAUAAGAGGGUUAUUUUUACUGUCCAACAUCUGCGCCAACAUCUGUGUUUUGUCCAUUGUUUUAUACCCCCGCGUUCGAUCGUUCGCUUGCUUCGACGGACAAUGUGUACCUGGAAGACAAUUUCCCAUUCUAAUGUUGUACAGUGCAUUUAGUAUAGUCCUAAUGGUGAUGCUUGUAGAGAUAUAUGAAGAUGAGGGUACUCCUAGACAUGAACUUCGUAGCGUUUAGCGAUGGGCAACAAACAGGAAUGAGA